GCGCACCCCGCGCACCCCGGCCGGCCCGUCGUCCGCACGCAGACACCGCUCGAGCGUCUCCGCGUGACGGCUAACCAUGGCUGAGGGAGGAGAAGGCGAGGAUGAAAUCCAGUUCCUGCGAACUGACGAUGAGGUGGUCCUCCAGUGUUCAGCCACGAUCCACAAGGAACAGCAGAAACUCUGUCUGGCUGCCGAAGGCUUCGGAAACAGACUGUGCUUCCUUGAAUCCAUCUCCAACUCCAAGAAUGUGCCUCCAGAUCUGUCCAUCUGCACUUUUGUGUUGGAGCAGUCACUGUCGGUUCGAGCCCUCCAGGAGAUGCUGGCCAACACCGAGGAGAAGGCUGAGGGGACAGCCCAGGGCGGCGGCCAUCGCACCUUAUUGUACGGACACGCUGUGCUGCUACGCCACUCCUACAGUGGAAUGUACCUGUGCUGUCUGUCCACCUCCCGCUCAUCCACAGACAAACUGGCUUUUGAUGUGGGACUGCAGGAAGAUACCACAGGCGAGGCAUGCUGGUGGACCAUCCAUCCGGCAUCAAAGCAGCGGUCAGAGGGGGAGAAGGUUAGAGUGGGAGAUGAUCUCAUCCUGGUCAGCGUCUCCUCUGAGCGAUAUCUGCAUCUGUCCUACGGUAACAGCAGCCUCCACGUCGAUGCAGCCUUCCAGCAGACACUAUGGAGUGUAGCUCCCAUCUGUUCCGGCAGUGAAGUAGCACAAGGUUUCCUGAUAGGAGGGGACGUCCUGCGCCUCCUUCACGGUCACAUGGACGAGUGUCUGACUGUUCCAUCUGGGGAGCACGGGGACGAGCAAAGGAGGACAGUCCACUAUGAGGGGGGAGCGGUGUCCAGUCAUGCCAGGUCCCUUUGGAGGCUGGAGACACUGCGGGUUGUGUGGAGCGGGAGUCAUAUCCGCUGGGGUCAGCAGUUCAGGCUGAGACACGUGACCACGGGGAAGUACCUGAGUCUGGUAGAAGACAAAUCUCUCCUGCUAUUGGACAAAGAGAACGCCGAUGUCAAGUCCACGGCCUUCUGCUUCAGGUCCUCUAAGGAAAAGUUGGACCCUGGUGGGAGGAAGGAGGUGGACGGGAUGGGUGUUCCUGACAUUAAGUAUGGCGACUCCGUGUGUUACGUCCAACACGUUGACACCUGCCUGUGGCUCACGUACCAGACUAUUGACGCCAAGUGUGCACGCAUGGGCGGAGUGCAGAGAAAGGCCAUCAUGCACCACGAGGGUCACAUGGACGACGGGCUGACGCUGUCCCGCUCACAACACGAGGAGAGUCGCACUGCCAGAGUCAUCCGCAGUACAGUGUUUUUGUUCAAUGUCUUCAUCAGGGGUCUGGACACACUGAGGAGAAAGGGGAAGAGCUCCACGCUUGUUCUGCCGAUAGAUUCGGUCAGUCUGAGUCUGCAGGAUCUGAUUGGCUAUUUCCAUCCACCCGGAGAUCACCUGGAACAUGAAGACAAGCAGAACCGACUGAGGGCUCUGAAGAACCGGCAGAACCUCUUUCAGGAAGAGGGAAUGAUCAGCCUGGUGCAGGAGUGCAUCGAUCGUCUGCACGUCUACAGCAGUGCGGCUCAUUUUGCCGAGGCAGUAGGAAGGGAGGGAGGAGAGACCUGGAGCUCCAUCCUCAACUCCCUCUACCAACUACUGGCGGCUCUGAUCAGAGGAAACAGGAAGAACUGUGCUCAGUUUUCCGGUUCGUUGGACUGGCUGAUCAGCAGGCUGGAGAGACUGGAGGCCUCUUCUGGUAUACUGGAGGUGCUUCACUGUGUGCUGGUGGAGAGUCCUGAGGCGCUGAAUAUAAUCAAAGAGGGACACAUCAAAUCCAUCAUAUCUCUGCUAGACAAGCAUGGACGCAACUACAAGGUUCUAGAUGUGUUGUGUUCAUUGUGUGUGUGUCACGGCGUGGCAGUGCGCUCCAACCAGCACCUGAUCUGUGACAACCUGCUGCCAGGACGAGAGCUGUUACUGCAGACCCGCCUGAUCAACCACGUAAGCAGCAUGCGUCCCAACAUCUUCCUGGGCGUCAGUAACGGCUCUGCUCAGUACAGGAAGUGGUACUACGAGCUGAUCGUGGAUCAGGCGCUGCCCUUCGUCACAGCAGAGGCUUCCCACCUCAGGGUGGGCUGGGCCAACACCAGCGGCUACGCGCCCUAUCCCAGCGGGGGCGAGGGCUGGGGUGGCAACGGGGUGGGCGAUGACCUCUACUCCUAUGGCUUCGAUGGGCUCCAUCUCUGGUCAGGCUGCAUUGCGCGAACCGUCAGCUCACCCAAUCAGCAUCUCCUGAGAGCAGAGGAUGUGGUGAGCUGCUGCCUGGACCUCAGCGUGCCCAGUAUCUCCUUCAGGAUCAACGGCCAGCCGGUCCAGGGCAUGUUUGAGAACUUCAACUCUGUCGGCCUCUUCUUCCCGGUGGCCAGCUUCUCUGCGGGAGUCAAGGUGCGUUUCCUCCUGGGGGGUCGUCACGGGGAGUUUAAGUUCCUGCCUCCUCCAGGUUACGCCCCUUGCUACGAGGCGGUGUUGCCCCGGGAGAAGCUGAGGCUGGAGGCGGGUCAGGACCAGACCGCAGCCAAAGACCUGCUGGGACCCACAAUCACCUUGAGCCAGGCAGCUUUCACCCCCACACCUGUGGACACCAGCCAGAUUGUGCUGCCGCCUCACUUGGAGAGGAUCAGGGAGAAGCUUGCAGAAAACAUCCAUGAACUGUGGGUGAUGAACAAGAUAGAACUGGGCUGGACCUACGGCGCAGUGCGAGAUGAUAACAAGCGCCAACACCCCUGUCUGGUGGAGUUCUCCAAGCUUCCUGAACAAGAACGAAGCUACAACUUACAGAUGUCUCUGGAGACUUUGAAAACUCUCCUGGCCCUCGGUUGUCAUGUUGGCUUGGCAGAUGAACACGCUUUAGAGAAAGUAAAGAGCAUGAAACUGUCACCAACCUAUGAGCUGUCCGGUGGUUAUAAACCCGCCCCUCUGGACCUGGGCCACAUCAAGCUGACCUCCACCCAGGAAGCCAUGGUGGACAAACUGGCCGAGAACGCGCACAACGUCUGGGCAAGAGAUCGCGUCCGCCAGGGCUGGACCUAUGGCAUCCAACAGGAUGUGAAGAAUCGCAGAAACCCUCGUCUGGUCCCCUACAUUCUGCUGGAUGAGAGAACCAAGAAGUCCAACAAAGACAGUCUGAGAGAGGCUGUCAGGACUCUGCUGGGACAUGGAUACAACCUGGAAGCUCCUGACCAGGACCAUGCAGCUCAAUCUGAACCCGACAGCGUAUCUCUUGAGAGGUUUCGCAUUUUCAGAGCAGAAAAAACCUACUGUGUUAAUGCGGGGAAGUGGUACUUUGAGUUGAAGGUAUUAUCAGCAGGGGAGAUGAGGGUGGGUUGGGCCAGGCCCGGAUGCCUCCCAGACCUGGAGCUGGGAUCAGAUGACCAGGCCUUUGUGUUCGAUGGCUUCAAGGUCCAGCGCUGGCACCAGGGUAAUGAGCAUUUUGGCCGUGCGUGGCAGACAGGGGACGUGGUCGGCUGCAUGGUGGAUCUGAACGAACACACCAUGAUGUUCACACUCAAUGGGGAGGUGCUGCUGGAUGACUCCGGAUCUGAGCUAGCCUUCAAGGACUUUGAAGUUGGUGAAGGUUUUAUCCCUGUAUCCAGUCUGGGUGUGUGUCAGGUGGGGAGAAUGAACUUCGGCAAAGACGUCAGCACCCUGAAGUACUUCACUAUCUGCGGUCUGCAGGAAGGCUACGAACCGUUUGCUGUCAACAUGAACCGGGACGUCACCAUGUGGCUCAGCAAGAGGCUGCCUCAGUUUGUUCCUGUUCCCCCCAACCACCCACACAUGGAGGUGACAAGGAUCGAUGGAACAGUGGAGUCCUGUCCGUGCCUGAAGGUCACCCAGAGGUCAUUCGGCUCGCAGAACAGUUACACUGACAUCACCUUCUACAGGCUGAGCAUGCCUAUAGAGUGUGCAGAAUCCUUCUCCAGAUCCACAGCAAACAACAGCAUCUUCUCACCAAAGAGGGAACUGGAAGACUUUGAAACUGUGUCAGACUUUGAGGUCCUGAUGAAGUCUUCUCAUGGUCCCAAUGGUUCUAAUGGCCCCGACCGAGAUGAAUUCAACAACCACAAAGAUUAUAACCAGGAAAAGCCUUCAAAAAUCAAGCAACGGUUCACGUUGAAGAAAAACAAGACAGACAUCAGCUGUCCAACAUCUGUUCGUCUGUCAGAGGAGGUGAUGGCUGAUGACCGGGAUGAAUAUGAGUUCCUUACGCAAGCCUCUACUCACUACUACUCCGUGCGGAUCUUCCCUGGUCAGGAGCCCAGCAAUGUUUGGGUGGGCUGGGUGACCUCAGACUUCCAUCAGUACGACCCGGGCUUUGAGCUGCACAAUGUCCGAACCGUCACCGUUACUCUGGGAGACGAGAGGGGCAAAGUUCACGAGAGUAUAAAGCACAGUAACUGUUACAUGGUGUGGGCUGGAGAGAGCAGCAGUCCUGGUCAAGGGAGAAGCAAUGGCUUAGAGAUCGGCUGCCUGGUGGACACAACCAACGGAUUGCUGACAUUCACAGCCAACGGUAAAGAACUCAGCACCUACUACCAGGUGGAGCCCAGUACCAAGCUGUUCCCAGCAGUCUUUGCCCAGGCCACCAGCCCCAAUGUCUUCCAGUUCGAACUGGGGCGUAUUAAGAAUGUGAUGCCUCUGUCAGCUGGUCUGUUUAAGAGCGAGAGGAGGAACCCAGUCCCUCAGUGCCCUCCAAGGCUCCAUGUCCAGUUCCUCACUCCUGUGUUAUGGAGUCGCGUUCCCAACCACUUUCUCAAGGUGUCAGCAUCCAGAGUGAAUGACAGACAUGGCUGGCUGGUCCAGUGUAACAAACCUCUGCAGUUCAUGUCUCUGCACAUACCUGAAGAGAACAAGUCGGUGGAUAUCCUGGAGCUGUCGGAGCAGAGCGACCUACUAAAGUUUCACUACCACACGCUCAGACUGUAUUCAGCCAUCUGUGCUCUGGGAAACAACCGGGUGGCGCACGCCCUCUGCUCCCACGUGGACGAGGCACAGCUCCUUCAGGCUAUAGAGAACAAGUACAUGCCAGGUUUGCUCCGUGCGGGCUACUACGACCUCCUCAUCGACAUCCACCUGAGCAGCUACACCACAGCUCGCCUCAUGAUGAACAGCGAGUACAUUGUUCCCAUGACGGACGAGACCAAGAGCAUCACCUUGUUCCCCGAUGAGAGGAAGAAACACGGCCUGCCAGGCAUCGGCCUCAGCACCUCCCUGAGACCCAGAAUGCACUUUUCCUCCCCGUGUUUUGUCUGUGUGAAUGGAGUGUCACAUCGUAACACGGGAUCAGGAGACUGUUUCCAGUACAGCCCUGAGUUCCCCUUAGACGUCCUGAAGAUGAAAACCAUCGAGAUGCUAACGGAGGCGGUGCGGGAGGGCAGCAUGCACGUGCGGGAUCCGAUAGGAGGCAGCACUGAGUUCCUCUUCGUCCCUCUCAUCAAGCUGUUCUACACCCUACUCAUCAUGGGAGUUUUCCAGAGUGGAGAUCUGAAGAAUAUCCUCAGACUGAUCGAACCGUCCGUCUUCUCUGAGAGACGGGAAGGUCAGGAGGACCUGCCCACGGAGCCGGAGGCGCUGAAGGAGGGAGGGCGCAGCGUGCCUAAAGAAGGGCUGUUACAGAUGAAGCUACCCGAACCGGUCAAACUCCAGAUGUGCCACGUGCUGCAGUACCUGUGUGACUGCCAGGUGCGUCAUCGCAUUGAGGCGGUAGUGGCCUUCUCCGACGACUUUGUGGCCUGUCUUCAAGACAACCAGCGGUUCCGCUACAACGAGGUGAUGCUGGCGCUCAACAUGUCUGCAGCCCUCACCGCCAAGAAGACCAAAGAGUUCAGAUCUCCUCCGCAGGAGCAGAUCAACAUGCUGCUAAACUUUAAGGACGAGAAGCAGGAGUGUCCCUGUCCCGAAUACAUCCGAGAACAGCUGCUCGACUUCCACGAGGACCUGAUGAGACACUGUGGUAUAGAGUUGGAUGAGGAGGGAGGGAUAGAAGGGGACAGUGACUUCACCAUCCGAGGGCGCCUCAUGUCGCUGGUGGAGAAAGUGGCUUACCUGAAGAAGAAGAUGGGCAACCCCACCAAGGAGAAAGAAGACAAGAAACCCAGUACGUUGCAGCAGUUGAUUUCUGACACGAUGGUCCGCUGGGCUCAAGAGUCGGUGAUUGAGGAUCCAGAGCUGGUCAGGGCAAUGUUUGUCCUGCUGCACCGCCAGUACGAUGGCAUUGGAGGACAGGUGCGCGCCCUUCCUAAGACCUACACCAUAAACUCCGUAUCGAUCGAGGACACCAUCACCCUGCUGGCAGCUCUGGGUCAGAUCCGAUCUCUGCUGAGUGUCCGUAUGGGAAGAGAGGAGGAGAAGCUGAUGAUCAGAGGUUUGGGAGAUAUCAUGAACAACAAGGUGUUCUACCAACAUCCUAACCUGAUGAGAGCUCUGGGGAUGCAUGAGACUGUAAUGGAGGUCAUGGUGAACGUACUCAGUGGAGGAGACUCCAAGGAAAUCACCUUCCCUAAGAUGGUGGCCAACUGUUGCCGUUUUCUCUGUUACUUCUGCCGUAUCAGCCGCCAGAACCAGAAAGCCAUGUUUGACCACCUUAGCUACCUGCUGGAGAACAGCAGCGUUGGGCUUGCAUCUCCUUCCAUGCGAGGAUCUACUCCUCUGGAUGUGGCUGCAGCUUCGGUCAUGGAUAAUAACGAGUUGGCCCUGGCUUUAAGAGAACCGGAUCUGGAGAAGGUGGUGCAGUACCUGGCCGGCUGUGGGCUGCAGAGCUGCGUGAUGCUGGUGCGUAACGGGUACCCGGACAUCGGCUGGAACCCCGUGGAGGGGGAGCGCUACCUCGACUUCCUGCGCUUCGCUGUCUUCUGUAACGGUGAAAGUGUGGAGGAGAAUGCCAAUGUGGUGGUGAGGCUUUUGAUCCGCCGACCAGAAUGCUUCGGGCCGGCCCUACGGGGGGAAGGGGGCGAUGGGUUGUUGGCGGCUAUGGAGGAAGCCAUUAGGAUCUCUCAGGAUCUCUCCAGAGAUGGUCCCUCUCCUACAUCCGAGAGCAGCAAGACGCUCAGUGACAUGCUGGAAGAAGAGGAAGAUGACACCAUCCACAUGGGGGACGCCAUCAUGACCUUUUAUGCUGCUCUCAUUGACCUGCUGGGCCGCUGUGCUCCAGAGAUGCAUUUAAUCCACGCUGGUAAAGGUGAAGCCAUCCGCAUCAGAGCCAUUCUGAGGUCUCUUAUUCCUAUAGACGACCUGGUGGGAGUGAUCAGCAUUCCGUUCUCCAUGCCCAACCUGGCUAAAGACGGGCUGGUGGUGGAGCCUGACAUGUCAGCUGGUUUCUGUCCGGACCAUAAAGCAGCCAUGGUCCUGUUCCUAGACAGGGUUUACGGCAUCGAAGACCAAAACUUCCUGCUACAUCUGCUUGAAGUGGGCUUCCUACCAGACCUAAGAGCUGCUGCCUCUCUGGACACCGUGGCCCUCAGUGCCACGGACAUGGCACUGGCCCUCAACAGGUAUCUGUGCACGGCCGCGUUGCCUCUGCUGACUAAAUGCGCGCCGCUGUUCGCGGGGACGGAGCCCUUUGCCUCGCUGAUCGACUCGCUCCUCCACACCGUGUACCGCCUGUCCAAAGGCUGCUGCCUCACCAAGGCCCAGAGGGACGCCAUAGAGGAGUGUCUGCUGGCUGUUUGCGGUAAGCUGAGGCCUUCAAUGAUGCAGCAUCUGCUGAGGAGGCUGGUGUUUGACGUCCCACUGCUGAAUGAACACACCAAGAUGCCUCUGAAGCUGUUGACCAAUCACUAUGAGCGCUGUUGGAAGUAUUACUGCCUGGCUGGAGGCUGGGGCAGCUUUGGAGCUGCAUCGGAUGAAGAGCUUCACCUCUCCAGGAAACUGUUCUGGGGAAUAUUUGACGCUCUGUCACGCAAGCGUUACGACCAGGAGCUGUUCAAGAUGGCGUUACCGUGUCUCAGUGCUGUGGCUGGAGCUCUGCCUCCAGACUACAUGGAGUCCAACUACAUGGCCAUGAUGGAGAAACAGUCGUCCAUGGACUCAGAGGGAAACUUCACUCCCCAGCCUGCAGACACCACCAACGUAAUCGUCCCGGAGAAACUAGACUGUUUCAUAUCCAGAUAUGCAGAGCACAGCCAUGAGAAGUGGUGCAUAGGGAAGUUUUCCAAUGGCUGGUCAUUUGGGGAACAGAUUUGUGAAAUCUCCAAGAGCCACCCUUUACUGAAACCAUACAAAGGCAUCUCUGAGAAGGAAAAGGAGGCGUACUGCUGGCCGGUCAGAGCCUCUCUGAAGACCAUGCUGGCGUGGGGCUGGAGUAUCGACAGGAUCAGGGAGGGCGACGCCGCCAGCCUCCACAACAAGUCCAGGAGAAUAUCACAGGCAAGCCAGCAGUCUCUUGAAGGAGCUCCAGCGUUCAGCCCCAGGCCCAUCGAUAUGAGCAACGUUACUCUGUCCAGAGACAUGCAGGCGAUGGCGGAGCUGCUUGCAGAGAAUUACCAUAAUAUCUGGGCCAGGAGUAAGAAAAUGGAGCUGGAAGCCAAAGGUGGAGGAAACCAUCCUCUGCUGGUUCCCUAUGACACUCUGACUGCCAAAGAGAAGUCCAAAGACAGAGACAAAGCACAGGACAUCCUCAAGUUCCUCCAGAUCAACGGUUACACCGUGUCCAGGGGUGUGAAGUCGCAGGAGCUGGACACUCCGGCCAUAGAGAAACGAUUUGCCUACACCUUCCUGCAGCAACUCAUCACAUACGUAGACCAGGCACACCAACAUAUGAUGGAGUUUGACCUCGGAACAGGACCAAAGGGGGAGAAGAUUCCUCACGAGCAACAGAUUAAGUUCUUUGGAAAGGUCGUCCUGCCGUUGGUGGAUCAGUACUUUAAGAACCACCAGAUAUACUUCCUGUCCACAGCCAUCCACCCAAUCAGCAGCGGAGGCCACGCCUCCAACAAGGAGAAGGAGAUGGUGACCAGUCUUUUCUGCAAACUGGGAGUUCUUGUCAGACAUAGGAUAUCCUUAUUUGGUAACAACGCCACAUCCAUAGUCAACUGUCUGCAGAUAUUGGGACAAAGCCUGGAUGCCAGGACGGUGAUGAAGACCGGUCUGGAGUCAGUGAAGGCAGCACUGCGGUUGUUCUUCGUCAGCGCAGCAGAAGAUCUGGAGAAGACGCAGGAGAACCUGAAGCUGGGCCAGUUCACCCACAGCAGAGAACAGCCGCGAGGUGUCACGCAGAUCAUCAACUACACCACCUUCGCCCUGCUGCCCGUCCUCUCCUCUCUGUUCGAGCACAUCGGCCUCAACUUGUUCGGGGAAGACCUCAUAUUGGAAGAUGUCCAGGUUUCCUGCUACAGAAUCCUCAACAGCCUCUACUUCCUGGGGACCAACAAGAGCAUCUACGUAGAGAGGCAGCGGCCUGCUGUAGGAAAGUGUCUGGCUGCCUUCUCUGCAGCCUUUCCCGUUGCCUUCCUUGAACCUCACAUCGACAAGUUCAACAGCUUCUCCAUCUACAACGGCAAAGGAACUAAAGACAGAGCAGCUCUCGGUCUUCCGGGGCACGUGGGGGAGGUUUGCCCCCUGAUCCCUAACUUAGAGAAGUGUCUGGAGGAGAUCGUGGAGUUGGCGGAGUCUGGCAUGAGAUACACACAGAUGCCCCAUGUCAUGGAGGUGGUGUUGCCGAUGCUGUGCAGCUACAUGUCUCAUUGGUGGGAACACGGACCAGAGAGCAACCCGGACCGAGCCGACAGCUGCUGCACCUCUGUGACGUCUGAACACAUGAACACUCUGCUGGGAAACAUUCUGAAGAUCAUCUACAACAAUCUGGGAAUAGAUGAAGGGGCCUGGAUGAAAAGACUAGCUGUCUUCUCUCAGCCAAUCAUCAGCAAGGCCAAAACCCAGCUUCUCAAGACGCACUUCCUGCCUUUGAUGGAGAAACUCAAAAAAAAGGCAGCUGUUGUGCUGAUGGACGAGGAACACAGCAAGGCAGAGGGGAGGGGAGAGAUGUCAGAGACAGAGCUUCUCAUCCUGGACCAGUUCACCGUACUGGUCCGAGACCUGUAUGCCUUCUACCCUCUCCUCAUACGAUUUGUUGACUACAACAGGGCCCGAUGGCUGCGGGAGUCCAACCCAGGGGCCGAAAAGCUGUUCCGCAUGGUGGCAGAGGUAUUCAUCUUCUGGGCCAAGUCUCAUAACUUCAAGAGAGAAGAGCAGAACUUCGUGGUCCAGAAUGAAAUCAACAACAUGUCCUUCCUCAUCACUGACACCAAGUGUAAGAUGUCGAAGGGCAUAAUGUCGGACCAAGAGAGGAAGAAGAUGAAGAGGAAGGGCGAUCGAUACACGAUGCAGACAAGUCUCAUCGUGGCCACCCUGAAGCGCCUGCUUCCUGUUGGACUCAACAUCUGUGCCCCCGGAGAACACGAACUAAUCGCUCUGGCAAAGAACCGCUUCACGCAGAAAGACACGGAGGGUGAAGUUCGAGAGAUCAUCAAGAACAAUCUGCAUUUACAAGGAAAGCUGGAGGACCCAGCUAUUCGUUGGCAGAUGGCUCUGUACAGAGACCUCCCUAACCACUACGAGGACACCUCGGACCCAGUGAAGACUGUGGAGAGAGUCCUGGAGAUCGCUCACGUCCUCUUCCACCUGGACCAGGUUGAACAUCCUCAGCGCAGCAAGAAGGCCGUGUGGCACAAACUGCUGUCCAAGCAGAGGAAGCGAGCAGUGGUUGCCUGCUUCAGGAUGGCACCGCUCUACAACUUGCCCAGGCACCGGGCUGUCAACUUGUUCCUGCAGGGCUACGAGAAGUCCUGGAUCGAGGCGGAGGAACACUACUUUGAGGAUAAACUCAUAGAGGACCUCGCUAAACCAGGUGACCUGGAGCCAUUGGAGGAAGAGGAGGGGCUGAAGCACAUUGAUCCGCUUCACCAGCUCAUUCAACUGUUCAGCAGAACAGCCCUCACAGAGAAGUGUAAACUGGAUGAGGAUAUUCUCUACAUGGCGUAUGCUGACAUCAUGUCUAAGAGUUGUCACGAUGAAGAAGAGGAGGAUGGGGAGGAAGUGAAGAGUUUUGAGGAGAAGGAGAUGGAGAAGCAGAAGUUGUUGUACCAGCAGGCCCGGCUGCAUGACCGCGGAGCUGCUGAGAUGGUGCUGCAAACCAUCAGUGCUAGCAAAGGUGAGAUGGGCCCCAUGGUGGCCUCUACUCUGAAGCUAGGCAUAGCUAUUCUCAAUGGAGGAAACUCUACCGUCCAGCAGAAAAUGUUGGACUAUCUGAAAGACAAAAAGGACGUGGGCUUUUUUCAGGGUCUGGCUGGUCUGAUGCAGUCAUGCAGCGUUCUGGAUCUAAAUGCAUUUGAGCGGCAGAACAAAGCUGAAGGACUGGGAAUGGUGACGGAGGAGGGAUCAGUCAUCACUCAUGAGCGUGGUGAGAAGGUCAUGCAGGAUGAUGAGUUCACCUGUGACCUUUUCCGCUUCCUGCAGCUGCUCUGUGAAGGACACAACUCAGACUUCCAGAACUACUUGAGGACGCAAACGGGGAAUAAUACCACGGUGAACAUCAUUAUCUCGACAGUGGACUACCUCCUCAGAGUGCAGGAGUCCAUCAGUGAUUUCUAUUGGUAUUAUUCUGGUAAAGAUGUUAUUGACGAGCAGGGCCAGAGGAAUUUUUCUAAGGCAAUAAAUGUGGCCAAGCAGGUUUUCAACACACUCACAGAGUACAUCCAGGGUCCGUGUACUGGUAACCAGCAGAGUUUGGCCCACAGUCGGCUGUGGGACGCUGUGGUCGGGUUUCUGCACGUCUUCGCUCAUAUGCAGAUGAAAUUGUCUCAGGACUCGAGUCAGAUUGAACUACUGAAAGAACUGAUGGAUCUUCAGAAAGACAUGGUGGUCAUGCUGCUGUCGAUGCUGGAAGGUAAUGUGGUGAAUGGGACCAUUGGGAAGCAGAUGGUGGACAUGCUGGUGGAGUCCUCCAACAAUGUCGAGAUGAUCCUCAAGUUCUUUGACAUGUUCCUCAAGCUGAAAGACUUGACCUCCUCCGACGCGUUCAAAGAGUAUGACCCUGACGGAAAAGGUGUCAUCUCCAAGAGGGACUUCCAUAAGGCCAUGGAAAGCCACAAACACUACACCCAGUCUGAGACCGACUUCCUGCUCUCAUGUGCUGAGACCGAUGAGAAUGAGCUCCUGGACUAUGAAGAAUUUGUGGAGCGCUUUCAUGAGCCAGCCAAGGACAUCGGCUUCAAUGUGGCGGUUUUGCUGACCAACCUGUCGGAGCACAUGCCACAUGACACCCGGCUGCAGACCUUCCUGGAGCUGGCAGAUAGCGUGCUCAACUACUUCCAACCCUACCUGGGUCGGAUCGAGAUCAUGGGCAGUGCCAAGCGCAUCGAGAGGGUUUACUUUGAGAUCAGCGAGUCCAGUCGAACACAGUGGGAGAAACCUCAGGUCAAGGAAUCCAAGCGUCAGUUCAUCUUCGAUGUGGUGAACGAAGGAGGGGAGAAGGAGAAGAUGGAGCUGUUUGUGAACUUCUGCGAGGACACCAUCUUUGAAAUGCAGCUGGCGGCUCGGAUGUCUGAUGCCGGCGAGCGCUCAGCGGUGAAGGAGGAGAGUGAGCGGGAGAAGCCAGACGAGGAGAACCCCGAGAUGGGCUUCUUCUCUGUCACCACUGUCCGCAUGGCUCUGUUGGCUUUGCAAUACAAUGUCGUGCUGCUGCUAAAGGUACUGUCGAUGAAGACUUUGAAGAAGCAGAUGAAGAAGAUAAAGAACAUGACAGUCAAGGACAUGGUGACCACCCUGGUGUCUUUCUACUGCUCAGUGUUGCUGGGCCUGCUGCACGUGGCGUUCAGUGUAGCUCGAGGAUUUUGCCGAAUCUUCCACAGCAGCUUCAUGGGAGACAAUCUUGUGGAGGGGGCCAAGAGCAUUAAGGUGUCGGAGCUGCUGGCCAGCAUGCCUGACCCCACCCAGGACGAGGUGAGGGGUGAAGGCGAGGACCGAGACAAGAGACCCUCUGCUAAAGAGGACCUGGCUGAUCUGGCAGUCAACGCCAGCGAGACCGAGCUGUUGUCGGACAUCUUUGGCCUGGAUUUAAGAAGGGAGGGGGGGCAGUACAAGAUCACCCCACAUAAUCCCAACGCCAGCCUGACCCAACUGCUCAACUCCCCAGUUCCUUCCUCGACACCCCCGACCCCGCCCACAGACACCCCACCUGAGCUCAGGCGGCGGCAUCCGUCGCAGAGCUCUUCCUCAGAGGAGAAGGCAGCGACAGCAGAGACAGAAUGUGAACCUGAGAAAUCACCAGAGGCUGGACGUGUAGAGAAACCUGAGAAACAACAGAAAAAUGAGAAGACUAAGCCAAAAGUGAGAAGGCAUCACACCUCAAAGUCUGAUGAGCCGGAUCUGCAGGAGUCUGCUUUCCUGAAGAAGAUCAUAGCCUACCAGAGGAAGCUGCUGAACUACUUCGCCAGGAACUUCUACAACAUGAGGAUGCUGGCGCUGUUUGUUGCCUUUGCGAUCAACUUCAUCCUCCUGUUCUAUAAGGUGUCAACCUCCUCAUCUGUGGUUGAGGAAAUGGAGGUGACGUACACCAGCAGCCAACCAGACAACCGGGUUCAGUGGGACCCACUGGGAGGAGAGGCGGUGGAGACGAAGGAAGAGGGGGUGGAGGAGAGCGGGGAGCCCCUGAAGCCCGUCUCCGUCCGCUUUGUCCUGGAGGAGAGCACUGGGUACAUGGAGCCCAUGUUACGGAUCCUGGCUGUCCUGCACACGGUCAUCUCCUUCUUUUGCAUCAUUGGAUACUACUGUCUCAAGGUACCACUGGUGAUCUUUAAGAGAGAAAAGGAAGUUGCCAGGAAGCUGGAAUUUGAUGGCCUUUACAUCACAGAACAACCAUCUGAGGAUGACAUCAAAGGACAGUGGGACAGACUGGUAAUCAACACACAAUCUUUCCCCAACAACUAUUGGGAUAAGUUUGUGAAGAGGAAGGUGAUGGAUAAAUACGGGGAGUUCUACGGCCACGACCGCAUCAGUGAGCUGCUGGGAAUGGACAAAGCUGCUCUGGACUUCAGUGACUCUCACAAGAAGAGGAAGCCCAGGAGAGACAGCUCACUGGCAGCUGUGCUGAACUCCAUUGAUGUCAAGUACCAGAUCUGGAAGUUGGGCGUUGUAUUCACAGACAAUUCCUUCCUGUAUCUGGCCUGGUACAUGACCAUGUCCAUCCUGGGUCACUAUAACAACUUCUUUUUUGCUGCCCAUCUGCUCGACAUCGCCAUGGGCUUCAAGACGCUCCGCACCAUCCUGUCUUCAGUCACGCACAACGGAAAACAGCUGGUGUUAACGGUUGGCCUGUUAGCAGUGGUGGUGUACCUCUACACAGUAGUGGCCUUCAACUUCUUCAGGAAGUUUUACAACAAGGGUGAAGACGGAGAACUGCCAGACAUGAAGUGUGACGACAUGUUGACGUGCUACAUGUUCCACAUGUAUGUAGGUGUGAGAGCAGGUGGAGGCAUUGGUGACCAGAUUGAGGACCCAGCAGGUGACGAGUAUGAGAUCUACCGCAUCAUCUUUGACAUCACCUUCUUCUUCUUCGUCAUCGUUAUCCUCCUGGCCAUCAUACAGGGGUUGAUCAUUGACGCUUUUGGGGAACUGAGGGACCAGCAGGAACAAGUGAAAGAAGACAUGGAGACCAAAUGUUUUAUCUGUGGAAUAGGUAACGACUACUUUGACACAGUGCCACAUGGCUUUGAAACGCACACGCUACAGGAGCACAACCUCGCCAACUACUUAUUCUUUGUGAUGUACCUCAUCAACAAAGAUGAAACCGAGCACACAGGCCAGGAAUCUUACGUAUGGAAGAUGUACCAAGAGCGUUGCUGGGAGUUCUUCCCUGCUGGUGACUGUUUCCGGAAACAAUAUGAGGAUCAGCUUAACUGAUCAGUUUUCCUGCAGCAACAAACUCUUCCCCUUCAUUCUGUAACCUGUUCAAGGUCCUCUGAAGCCAUUUCCCCGAUGCUUUUCCCUGAAACUUUUCUCUAAGGAGACCCAACCAAACAAACAAGUUCUACACUCGACUUCGUUUCCCAUGUGAGGAACCACGUCUCCAACAGGCCCUAAACCGUUCUCCUGGAUCUUCCUCAUCCAGGCACUCAACUCGCCAGCUUUUCACCAACUUCCAGCACACUUUUCUUGGAAUGCUUUAAACUCUGACUUUGUACAUAGAAAAUAUCAGAGUAUAUGGUGUGAAGGGGCCGGUGGCAUGUCAAGAUUUUUGGCUCAGAUAAGGACUUUGUUGCUUCAUCUUAUUUCACAUCCGCAGUAACAAGCAAAAAAUACUGCUGGAGCCAAAGGAAAGUAAGGACGUAUAAGACGGACAAGGGAGGAGAGCAGAUGGCAAAUGAAGGGAAUUCUUUCUGAGAGACUGUCAAGACAAUGAGAUUAGUAUGAGGAUUUUUACUGCUUUUCAUUUGUACAAUGCACGUUGCAUGUAGGUACAGGAUGUGGAUAGAACAACGCCGCUGUAAUCCAACACAACAGCUCUGCAACACUCAGACCUUUGAGAAUCAGACUGUCAAAGAGGUGAGGGAUUCAAUUCAACUCUAGCUUGUGGUACAUGUGAAGUGGAAAGAUUUAAGGUGCCUCAAAAUAAUAAUCUAAUGCAACACCACCAAACUUCGGCCUCCACACUUACCAGAGUCAAAUCAACACCUCUGCGACACGGUCAAAUAGAACGGGACAUCCUGAUCUUCACAAAUAGGGCUGUUUUACUGGAUUGAAUAAAGGCACAGGUUCCAGAUGUUAAUAUUUUGUCCAUACCCUGUACAUGCCAACACUAUGUGAAGGGCUCCCUUAUUAAGUGUUCACCUUGCUAGCACUAUGGUCAAAGUAUGUUUUGUUCCAGAUGAACUGACUGACCGGGAAAGUGCCAAAGUGUCAGCCAAACAUCAACAUGUCAUAGUCCUCCAUAAGCUUGCAAUUUAUCUACAUCUCUUUUUUUAAAGACUACAUGAAUAAAUAAAACCUCCAAACUAUGUUUUCAAAAUGGUAAAAUUCAUUAAUGACAUGUUUAGUCCCUAAAUAGAAACCCUUUUAAUGAUUUUUUUUGCCCCAGUAAGAAGCAUGUUCUUAGAAUAGAGUCGCUGUCUGUCCAACAGUCUGAUCCAGGUCAAAAUAGGUCCGAUUGCCAUGAAAUGUACUGAGCCUCUGACCUCCAGCCACCAUUCAGGCAAACUCAAUAUUCCUGCUUCUUGUCGAGGCUUUAACAAGAACGAACGAGUCAGCAUGUUGGUUUGCUUUUGUUUUUGCACAGUAGUAUUGUGGAGUGUCACAAACAUCACAGGCUGUAAGUGUCACUAGUUGGGGGUUAGGACUUUUUUCAAAUAAUGCUUCUUAACUAGAGCAUGCUCGGUACAUUUGUUAAUCAAAGGAUGUAGUUUUAUAAAAAAGCAAUACUGAAUCUGCAAAAAAAAAACCUUUGUUUUUACUGUAUAGCUUAAGAUGAAGUUAUCACAUGCUUGUUAACUAAGGUGAAUAUUCACAGACUGGAGCAACCCAUCAGUAACAGCUGGAGGACGGGCUGAAGGCAAAUGAACAGUGUAUGGAUAAAAGCAGGGGGAUGGAUAUAGUGGAUAUAUAGUGCCUUACUAAGCCUGGGGUAAGUUAUGGAGGAGGAGAGAGGCAUUUCAGAAGGCCUGACAUAAAUACAACGCACUCUUAGAGCAGGCUGACUGGUGGAAACAUGCUAUGUGUGCGCACUAUACAACAGUAGAAGUAGAAGGUAAGAGAAUUGCCCUCAGGACUGUCAUUGGGAAUUUCAAAUGUCUGGCAUGCCACAAUGGUCCUUGAGCAGUUCUGGUGCACACCUGUUUAGAACUAUCACAUGACAUCAUUUCACUUUUAAGUUGUGCUUGUAUUGUAGGUUUGUGCAGUGAAGAGGGGGGUGUGACAAUUUAAAAAAAUGCACUUGUCCAGUGCAGAUGGCUUCUAUCUUUAUUUUGAGGGACUCCAUGUGCACAGUUCAUUACAGCCGAGCAGCAAUCUCCUGGUCUCAAAAACUAAGCCGAUGCGGAUAUGCAGGUCCUUGAACGACCACCAUUGAGUCGUUUCCCCUCGUGGUACAUUUCACCUUUUAGCCAUAGCAGAGACACCGCCGGAAUCACAGCACUGUGGUCGGGGCUUUGUGGGUCGAAUUGGGAUUCGUAUGGCGGUAGCCAGGCUGGCUAACACUAGCAGCUAGUCAUACUGCUAAUGCUAACAACAGUAGCCACACAACCAAAAUAUACUGUUCAUUGUCCCUUUGAAACUCUAAACAAACAUAUAUUUUUUGGCUACUUUAUUUAGUUAUAUCUGAUUCGGUUGUCACAAUAACAACUCUUGGAAACUAUGAGAGUUCCUUGUGUUAUACCGCUUUACAUAAGGAAUAGUAGAAUUACCGUAGCUGUGUUAUAGUGCUGCAGACAUACAAACUAAUAUAUCUCAACUUUGAGAGACAGAUAUCCAUAAUCCAUGACAAUGUUUUCAUAUUGCUAUUUUUCCUGCUCUGCACUUCAAUUGUUACACCCCUCACUGCAAAGACGACUGAUUAAAUGAUUAAAGUGGAAGAAAAACACAAAGCUUCCAUUGCACACAUACAAAGUUUAACCUUUUAGGAUGUGGGUUGAACGAAUUAAAUGAAUAACAAAUUAAUAACAUCAUAAACCAUGGGCCUCAUUCACCAAAUGUUCUUAAGAACAAAUUUUUGCUUAAUCCCCAGUUAUGCAGUUUUCACAAAGAUUCUGGCCUUCACCAAUGUUUUCUUAUGUAAAAACAGAAUUCUUAGCACUCUUACACACAGUUGAGAGCUGACAUGUUUGCGCAAAAUAAGUAGUUAUACCAUUUUCGUCCGUUCUAAUUUAAAAUGGAACAUUUCUCUCCUUUAUCAUUUUGCAACCAUUAUUUUGAUAUUUCUACACAUAAUUAUGUCUGUUUGUUUGAAUAAAUGCACACUACACUUACUGCUCAUUUGGGAAUUAACAGGGCGUUAAACUAUGCUAAAUAGUAGCAAUAGAGCACAAGUUUUCAAUUUACGACAUAUUGGGAUUCAUUAUUCUAAGACCGCACCUGCGAACAAUUCCGCUGUUUAGGAACACGUCAUGGAUCACGCUUAGACUUUUCUUAGGAACAAAUGUAAGAAAUAAGGAAUAUACUAAGAACUUAGGAGUAUUUUGGUAAAUGAGGCCCAAUAUUUUAUUUGAAGCACAGUUAUUAUUGCAUUACUAUUCAUUUUUUGUGUUGAUUGAAUGAAUGCUUAUAUGCUUAUCCAAACCGGUUGAUUUAUCUGUUUUUACUUUUUUUUGUGAUGGUCUUAUGCAAUACAUCAAAACAACUUACUGUUUUUGUAUUGACAUUCUCCAAAAAGAUAUAUCUAAAGAAAUUGCCAUUGCAUGAUUAACAACUAUAUCAAAGACACAAACACUGUGUCACCUAUAACUAUACUAGGAUUAUUUAAGAAUAAUUAAUAUUUCUGUAUUAUUGUAUUUAAGUGUUGUGUCUUUCAAUGUAACUCUUAAAGUCAUUUGCCACGUGCUGCGUCCCUGAAAAAAAAGGGAGUGGCUCUGGCUUUUUCCCACUUCUCCAUCUCCGUUUAAAUAUACUAUAAGUCAAAUAUUUGUUUAAGAAUCAUUUUAGGCUCAAGCAAUAGCCCUUCAGGGAGCGUGUGGGAGGUGACUGACCAUUGUAAAGUGCAAACAAAGGCAAAACAAAUAAAGGCUUGCUUAACGCAGUCUCAGUUUAAAAUACAAAUACUCAUUUCAUUUAUAAUCUGUGUAAUAAUUUAACUCAAUAUAAAUAAGCGUAUGAAUAAUAAUGGCAAGGAAACAAAACAUUUAACUUUAAAGGUGCAGAAGAGCAUAUAGUUAUAUAUCUAUAUAUUGUUAUACAUAUGCCACUCUUGUGUUUCUGCUAUCAGCUUUCACGUAGAGGAGGUCCUAUUUUCUUCCAGAGAAAGUAACACUUUUACUGGUUCGGCUUAUGAUCAACAUGCAGUAUGAUGCAGUCAGCAAUAGAAGUUUGCUGCCGAAUGUUUGUGUUUUCUAUGUUUUAAAUAUAACUAACACCAAACAUUUGCUAAGAAGAGUAGUACUCCCACCUUGAAAAGUGGUCGUGAAAUGUAAUUGCUACUAGUCAUUAGAAGUCAAUAUCUUACCUGAGUCAGUUAGUUCCUGACAUUAUGUACAAGUAAAAUACAUACCGCCCCAGGAGACGACUAAAGAGCCUGAUUCUACGGAAUACACCCUUAACGUUGAAUGAGGAAGGAGACAUUUAGCACAAAUAAAUGGACCAAUACAAGAAUGUUCAAAGUGUUCCAGUGGAGUGCUGUGUGCUCACGAUGCCAUGCCUAUUUUUCACUUUCUAUUUUAAUUGCAAUACCACCUCAAACUGAAUAAUGCCAUUACCAAAUGGUGUUUUGUUAUUAAUAUUAAUAACAGAAGGGGCAUGUUAAUUUGCCACUGAAUUGUGCACCAGUUAGACUUUUUGAGUUGACUGUUGCAACCUGUGAGGGAUAAAUGUAUUAAGUGGGACUGAGUCCUGAACAAUGAAUGAAUUUGCAUGAUUUUGGAAAUAAAACUUUAUUUAUUAACUUGUGA